GUAUAUAUUAAUUAUAUGUUUGGUUGGUUCAAAAAGAAGAAGCCAGAAUCGAAUUCAGCUUAACAAGAAGAAAAAGAUGAAAGCGAUUUUGUUGAUGUAUUAUUAUAUUAUGAAUUAUUUUAGGAUGAAACAUAAGUUGUUACAAAUGAAGACAAAGAAUUGGAGGCCAAAGGCUUUGAUCCAAUAGCUCAAGUGCAAGAAUAAGACAAAGAAAACGAAGGAAUUGCAGAUCCUGAUAAAUUAGAAUAUGUUGGAUACCAUGACAUUCCAAGUGAUGAUAUCCUAUAAUUGGUGCUCAAUUUUAAAUAUUUUCCUAAUGAUGAAGACAUUCGUCAUCCCGAAGGAUAUGAAAAGGGAGGCAGAAUUUGUGCAGAUAAGAAUGUAGUAACCAAAGCAAGAAGCGUUGGAAAGGAAAUGGUCAAAUAAAUAGGGAAGAAAAUAUUGUCAGGAUCUUUAAAUCUUACUAAAGUAAGUUUCCCUAUCAGAGUCAUGAUCCCUAAGACUGCCUUAGAAACAUCAGUUCAUGGAAGUACCACUCCUUAUUUAUCAAUAAGCUUCUAUUUUCCCUUUGUACAUAACAAAAGCCACAAUGACACCAGAUUUCUUAGAAAGAUUCAAACUUGUUAUUACCGCCACCUUGUCCUCAUUUUUCUGGACCAAUACCUUUCUAAAACCUGUAUUUUACUUUAUUAUAUCAAAGCUUAAUCCAAUCCUAGGAGAAACCCUACAGGCCAAUUAUAAUGAUGGAACUUAAGUGUAUUGCGAAUAAAUUAUGCAUCAUCCUCCAGUCAGUUACUUCUUGGUCUUUGGUCCAAAUAAAAAAUACAAAUAUUACGGAUACUAUCUAGUAGAAGGCAGAGCUGGAUUAAACUCUGUUACUGUAUGUUUCUAUUUCAUAAUUUAGAUUAUCAAUAAAGGCAAAAGAACAAUUGAAUUCAAUGAUGGAUAGAAAAUUGAUUUCGAUUUCCCUAAUGAACUGUACAGUGGCACAUUUUUUGGUUAGUUAAGACAGGAGUCCAUAAACAAAAUUACUUUCACUGACAAAGCUAACGGUCUUUCAUGUAUCAUUGACAUAGGCAAAGUGAAAAAAAGGUAAAACUUUAUUCAUAUUAAAGAACAUCUGAUUUCUUUUAAGCUGAUAUUAAUUGUAAAGGUCAAAAGAUUUCCACAGUAUUUGGAACAUAUAUUGGUUUCAUCAAUUUUGACAAUGUGAGAUAUUGGGACUACAGAUAUGUCGUUCCUCAUAAAAUUAAAUUGGAUAAAUAGCCAUUAGAGAGCGAUCACAAAAAUAGGUCUGAUCUCUAGGCUUUGAGGGCUGGUGACAUUCCAUUAGCACAAAAAAAUAAAGAGAUAUUAGAAAAUAUUCAAAGAAAUGAUAGGAAAUUAAGAGAAGCAUUUGAAAAGCAAAAGAAAGCAAAGAAGUGAAC